GGGACAAUGUAAGGCGAAACCCCGCCCCCCGGAUGCAGAGGGAGAUAGAGUGACAGUCUGGGGACAGGGACAGGUAGUGCAUCACUGGCGGGGACUCAACUCACUGCACCCACCGCCAGGCACAGCACCCCCAGCUCACACCCGCUGACAACAUGCCCAAAAAGAAGCCUAUGCCCAUCCAGCUCAACCCCACCCCUGAUGGCACUGCUGUGAAUGGGACACCAAGUGCAGAGACAAACCUUGAAGCUCUUCAGAAGAAGUUAGAGGAGCUGGAAUUGGAUGAACAGCAGAGGAAACGGCUAGAAGCUUUUCUCACUCAGAAGCAGAAAGUUGGGGAGCUGAAGGAUGACGACUUUGAGAAAGUAUCAGAGCUUGGAGCGGGUAAUGGUGGGGUGGUGUUCAAGGUGUCCCAUCGACCAUCUAGCUUGAUCAUGGCAAGGAAGUUGAUUCAUCUGGAGAUCAAGCCUGCAAUCCGAAACCAAAUUAUCCGGGAGCUUCAGGUGCUGCAUGAGUGUAACUCCCCCUAUAUUGUGGGGUUCUAUGGAGCAUUCUACAGCGAUGGAGAAAUCAGCAUCUGCAUGGAACACAUGGAUGGAGGUUCACUUGAUCAGGUGUUAAAAAAAGCAGGAAAAAUCCCAGAGAAAAUUUUGGGAAAAGUCAGCAUUGCAGUGAUAAAGGGAUUGACCUAUUUGAGAGAGAAACAUAAGAUAAUGCACAGAGAUGUCAAGCCAUCCAAUAUACUUGUAAACUCCAGAGGGGAAAUCAAACUUUGCGAUUUUGGGGUCAGCGGGCAACUUAUUGACUCCAUGGCCAAUUCCUUUGUUGGGACAAGAUCCUACAUGUCUCCGGAACGGUUACAGGGCACACACUAUUCUGUGCAAUCUGACAUCUGGAGCAUGGGGCUGUCACUGGUCGAAAUGGCCAUUGGUCGGUAUCCUAUUCCUCCUCCAGAUGGCAAGGAACUGGAGUCCCUCUUUGGCUGCUCUGUCGAAGGCGAACCUGCUUCUUCUGAGCUGUCUCCUCGGCCACGACCCCCAGGACGUCCCAUCAGUUCCUACGGACCAGAUAGCCGGCCACCCAUGGCUAUAUUUGAGCUGCUUGAUUAUAUUGUGAAUGAGCCUCCUCCCAAGCUGCCAAGUGGAGUGUUUGGAACGGAAUUCCAGGACUUUGUGAACAAGUGCCUGGUGAAGAAUCCAGCUGAACGGGCAGAUUUGAAACAGCUCAUGGUUCAUACCUUCAUUAAAACUGCAGAACUGGAAGAGGUGGACUUUGCAGGAUGGCUCUGUUCAACUAUGGGUCUUAAGCAGCCCAGCACCCCAACCCAUGCUGCUGGAGUGUGAGCGGGAAAAGGAGAAAUGUCAGGCAAGACAGAGAGCCUCUACAUCCUGCCGAGUGAGAUCUCUGCAGAAAGUGCCAAAAAAACAGUUUCUUUUCAUUCUCUCCGACUCCUACAUUAAAGGAGGAGCCUGCAGGACUUUGGGCCAACAGUAGACAUACUCCAGGGUCCCACGGGCUCCACCUGCAGUAAGAUCCCUGCUUUUAUCCCAUGAUGCUUUGUGGUACUUGUAAUGCUUUCAGUACACAAUACAAGAGUGUGCACAGUUUGUGUGUGGUAAGUGAUUGAAGUAUCCAUUUUCUCUUACCAACAAAGGAUUAAAUGGGUCAGUCCCAAGUUGGACCAAGCUGAACUAAGGCUGUGUAAUGUAAGUGAAUCUAUUUUUUAUGUGUAGAUUUAAUUCACAAUGGAGAGCCAGUUAAGCAAAACUUUACUGUUGAGAAAAAAAAUGUUUAUUUUGUAACAAUCAUGAAGAGUAAUUUUAUGUCCUUUUUUCAUAACCCUAGUAGAACUAUUAAGUUCUUACUGGUCAUACAUAAGACUGCCUUGAUUGCCGUGAACAAUUCCCUUGUGGCAAUUUGAAUCCUAUGCUGUCUGGAGAUCUGAGCCAUGCCUGUUCCUUACAGGCAGCAUCCAAAGCCAUAACCCAGGACCCGUCAGCUUUAGGAAAUUGCCUUUUUGGAAGAAUUGAUUUUAAAACUAUUAACUUCUCUCUGCCAGAGUAGUGAGCACUUUGCUGGUUAUUGCAUUUUAUUUACUUUGAAGAAAAGACCACUACAUGUCUCUUUAUGUGAGUUCAUGAAAGUAAUAUGUAAAAUGUAUUGAGUACAUUGAUAUUGUGACAUUGGAGAAUAAACUGUUCUAGGUGUAUGCAUUAAACUUUUUAAAUAACAAUCAUGGAAUUUUCAUGUAUUGAGAAAGGUGUAAAGCAUUAAUCAGGCCAGCACAGCAUUCCCGCACAUUGCUCUGGCAGAGAAGGAGAUAAACACCCAGCUGCCUCCUGCCUGUGCCUCUGAGCUUGUAUAUUCUCUCAUAUUUAUUUUAGACUUGAAUGUGAUGUGCUGUGUGAGCUCUGAGUCUUUUUGCUGUGCUGGGCUCAUUACCCUCAAAUUGCAUUGAACUCUUUUGUCAGAAUGUUGUGCAUCCUUCUUCUUUGUUGUAAUCCCGAAUAGGCGGAGGGCUCAGCGCAGCACAGGUUUCUCUCCUGUGAGAUGCCUUUGCCUUCACUCCUUCAAUCCUUGUACCUUUUCAAUCUUCAGAUGUAUUAUCUUUGAUUCUAAUAAAUAUAUUAUGAAGAAAA